AUGACAACUACAGAUACAACAACACCUCCACCUUUAUCACCAAUACAACAAAGAUUCAAGGAUUCAUUGAUGCCUGAUCAGAGCAAGAUACAGAGAUUGAAUAUGCGAUCGCCUCGAGUCGGUCGUUUCAUCAAUCAAGCGUACGAAGAGGCACAUGAAGCAUUGGAAGCUGGACAAUAUGAGAAGGCAUUACAAAAGUAUUAUUGGAUCAUCAACAAACUGCCCUAUGACUCCACCGCCUAUCUCCAACGUUCAGUAGUCUAUGAAGAGAUUGGAAUGUUAGAUGAAGCCAUCCAAGACACUGAAGUUGUACUAAAGAUGUCAAACAGUUCGGAUGAUCUUGCAGAAGCAAACAUGGUCAAGGGAGUAUGUUUGAUGAAGAAGUUAAAGUUCAAUGAGGCAAUAGAACACUUUGAUGUUAGUUUGAGACUGGUCGAGAAUGACACUGUGUAUAACUUGAAGAAGAAGGCUGAGGCUAUGGCCAAUCCAGACAAGAUCAUUGUGCCAAGAUAUGAUGAUGACUACCAAUAUUAUAACUUUAUUACAAAGGAUAUGAUUGAUGCUGUCCAAAUCAAGAUGUCUGGUGUACAUGGACGUGGAUUGUUUGCCACACGCGACAUUGGAGCUGAGGAGUUGGUGUUCGAGACCUUCUCAAUAGCCACCUCCAACAUGGACAACAUAAGAGAAGACAAUGAUCAUUGCCAUAACUGCCACAUUGCAUUUAAACCAAUAAGCUUUGAGAAUGAGGAGGAGAUUGUAAAGAGUAGAGAGUAUAAGAGAUUGGCACAUACUAUUACAAAGAUGACGAGAUUGCCAACGGGUAGGAUCAUCCCCGAAGACUGCCCAUCAUGCCACGAGGCACUGUACUGCUCGCCCGAGUGCAAGAGUGACGCGAAUCUCAAGCACUCGCCAAUCUGCACAAACAAUGACCAUCUGAGAUCACUGAUCAAUCAGUACGAGAAACAGAUCAGCUCACUCACCGAGUUUGAGAGGACUGGCUACAUGCUGCUGCUCAAGAUGCUGGCGGCGCAGCACUCCAAUGGCGACAAGAACUCACCUCUGCGCCCAUUCACACUGGACGAUCAUACAAAGCGCCUGGUCUACGCCAUGCCAGACAACUCGCAAUUCCUGUUGUCGCGCAAGGAGUCCAAGCUGUACGCGCUCAUCAAGGACAUCUUCCACGAUCGCCGCGGCCUCACACCCGAGCUGUUCUACAGGUUCAAGUCGAUGAUCACUUUGAACCAGCUGUCGAUGUACACCAGCACCAUCCAUGUGCACUGCACAAAGGAUGCGCUGGACGAGCUGGGCUUCAACUUUGACUUUGAGGACCGCGUCGGCAAGUUCUUUGUCGGCAUCCCCCUGCACACAAGCUUCAUCAACCAUUCAUGCGAGCCAAACAUCUUCAUUGCAGCGCCAAUCAUCAAUGAUAAGCAACUACGUGUUGUCACCAAACGCCCUAUCAAGAAGGGUGAGGAACUGUUUGUUACCUACCUUGAUGGCCACAACCUUUCCACCGAUCGUCGACGCGAGAUGCUUCUGGACAGCUAUGGAUUCGAAUGCAAAUGUCCACAAUGUCUAGCCAACAAGACCAUACCAUUGCUUCAGAGGAUACAAUAA